AUGGGAGAAGCAGGGAGAUUGCAAAGAGAAGAUAGCGGAUGGGCUAGGGAAAAAGAAGAGGAGAGGGGUGAAGAAACAGGGCACUCCUGGCUGAGGGCCAGGGUCAAAGCUGGGAUAAAGAUUCCCUUUCUCCCUCUAAGCGCCCCUCUUCUACCCCAGGACAAGGAGAUUGAGGCAGCCAUCAAGAUCCAAGCCUGGUGGAGGGGCCUGCUGGUGCGACGAACGUUACUGCACGCAGCCCUCCGUGCCUGGAUCAUUCAGUGCUGGUGGCGGGCUGUGCUGGCCCGGGCCCUGGAAAAGCGACGGCGGACAAUGCUGCUGCUCUACUCGCGGCAGGAGGGCGCCGUGGUCAAGCUGCAGGCGCGGGCGCGCAUGUGGCGGAUUCGCCGCUGCUUCUGCCGGGCGCGGGCUGCCGCCUGCAUCAUCCAGGCAUACUGGCGCUGGUACGCCAGCCGAAACCGAAAACUGGAGAACAACCACACGACGGCAGAGCAUUUGGAGAUCGAUAUAAAAAUUCUGGUUUAA